CGACGGUGACGUCCAGGAGGUGGGAGCUGUUACUGAACGUGGCCAGCGGGCUGCAGCACUGACUCCACCGCGAGCUUGUCAAACAUAACCAACACAGUCGACAUGGCGGACUGGGACGCUGACAACUUCGAGCCGGAGGAGCCGAUUAAAAAGGCGGCAGCGCUGGACAAAUGGGAAGGCGAAGACGAAGAUGAAGAUGUUAAGGACAACUGGGAUGAUGAGGAUGAUGAUGAGGAGAAAAAAGCAGAGGUGAAAAAAACAGACACAAAGGUUUCUGAAAAGAAAAAGUUAAGUGAGAAGAUCAAAGAGAAAGAAAACCGGUUAAAGAAAAAACAACAGGAACUGAAGGAGAAAGAGCUGCAGGAUAAACAAGAAGUACUCACUCCUGAAGAACAACUUGAAGAGAAGUUAAGAGUGAAGAAAUUACAGGAAGCCGCAGAUUUGGAGCUAGCAAAAGAUGCUUUUGGUGUCAGCAGCACUUCGAAUAGUGUCACUGGGAUUGAUACCAUGUGUCCGUCCUCCAAAGAAGACUUCACAGAAUUUGAAAAAUUGCUGAAAGAAAAGAUAUCCCAGUUUGAAAAAUCUGUGCAUUAUUCAAGUUUCUUGGAUUCAUUGUUUCGGGAACUCUGUAUUUCAUUGGAAGUAGAUGACUUGAAGAAAAUCAGUAAUUCCCUUUCAGUCCUACUUAGUGAAAAACAGAAACAAGAAAAACAAAACAAAGGAAAGAAGAAGAAGAAAGGGGUUAUACCUGGAGGUGGUUUGAAAGCACAGCUGAGAGACGACCUUGACUAUGCAGAGUUUGAUGGGGGCUACGCCCAAGACUAUGAGGACUUCAUGUGACACUGGCUCCAUCACUACUGCCCUCCCGACCCUCAGAAAUGCAGCUGUACCUUCUCAUGCUGUCCAGUGCCAUCCUGGAACAUCUGAACUAUGUGUUGCCCCCUUAAUUUUGCUUCAGUGACCAGAGGGACUAUACCAGGGAGCAUCCAGUCUCACCAACUCUUUAUGUUCAUACAUAUGGAAUUGCCUUUUCUGUCUCAUUCAGCCUCGACUCAAACACACAUGAUCAUGUAUCUGUUGGGUGACCCAGCUUCAAUGGAGAAUACAUUGUAACUGCUGAUGUCUGAGUUUUGCAGGGCUCAUUUUUUAUUAAAUGUUUCUCCUGUCAAAAUGGCAGAUACAGUAUUGCAGUUAUAAGUGUAGUGACAUAGAAACACAAGGUUCUAUGCAAAUUCUUUAACCAGAAUGUCAUGUAUAUAUUAUAGGUCUCACUUACCUGUGGAUGAUUCUCUUACAGGAAAGUAUAUAGUAUCUAUAACUUUGGUUGCCAAAUGCAGAACAAUUAUUCAGCAUUAUUCAUCUUUAUCUCUGGAAAGGUUGCAUUUUGGGUGAUUUUGAGACUGAUGCAACAUGUAAGUAGUAGUUGUAAUUUUACGGAGAGCACAUGACAUUCAUUGUAAGAUAAAAGGGAUAGACAAGUAUAAUAAAUGUGACUUUAAAACCUCA